ACAUCAGCUACACGAUAGGCAAAAAUAUAAUUUAAUCUACACCCGCUUUUACACUCUUAUAAGCUCCUCAUACAUCAUCGUCAUAUCCGAAAUCCCUUCCUACCCCCGACCACCAUGCGAGAUGCCCAGCCUCCCUACCCACCGCUGCCGCCGCCACCGCCUCCCCGCCUUCAAAGUCCAACUUGCCGAUGCUGUACUACGGCCUAGUCGUGGUGGGGACGGCUGCCAUCGUGCUGGCCCUGUACAACCUCAUCAUCAUCAGGUGGUGCACCAGCCGGUACCGGAUCAGUCGGAGAGGCGAGCGGCUCGUCGAGGUCAUGGCAGCGAGCCGGAGCUUUGAGAACCCUCACCGGAACCUCCCGUCGAGCUUCAAGUACAAGAAGGACGCGGCGGCGGGGGCUCAAGGACCGGGGAGCGAGUACGAGUGCGCGGUCUGCUUGUCGGCUUUCGAGGAGGGCGAAGAAGUGAGGCAAUUGCCGCGGUGCAAGCAUUUGUAUCACGUGUCGUGUAUCGAUAUGUGGCUGUAUUCUCACUCCGACUGCCCGCUCUGCCGCUCGCCGGCGCACCCGCUGUCGCUGCAGCCUCGGUUGCAGCCGCCGCCGCCGCCGCCGCCGCCGCUGGAGAGCGCGCCGGAGAAUUCCCGGGAGGGGUUGUUGGAGUCGGGCGUGUCAGUUUGAGGUCCCUGUAUUUUUGUAGGUUUUGUCUUUUUUCUCUUCCCAUUGUAGAAAAUGAAAUUUUUGUUCUUUUUUUUCCGCUCGAUAAAUGAUAAAAUAUUGUUGAUA